AUGGCUCCGCUCAACGAGGCAGAAAUGGAGGAGUUGGUGUUCCGCAUCUUAAAGGAUCUAUCGGAGACGCCAUACGCUUGCUCCGAACUGAUGCAUUUGACAAGUGGUACUACGAACUUCGUUUUCCGCGGCAGUCUGUUGUGUCCACUGUCGUCAAGCGCAAGGCACUUUCCGCAGAAUUUCGUAAUAGUCAAGCACUCUACGGCCUUUGCAGCGGUCAACAAGGACUUUCCCCUUGAUGUCACACGAUCGCAAUUCGAGGAGACGAUGCUUCAUGCCCUGGGCCACUUCACAUCCAUCGCCACAGUGCAAACUCCGCGUCUAUACCUAUUCAACCGUACAACUAACACACAAGUCAUUGAGUAUUUUCCGGGUGUGAUCGAAUUGAAAUCUCUCCUUGCCUCGAGCGAUGUCUCUGAACCGACCGCAAGAUCUAUCGGUCACGAUCUCGGAAAGUGGCUCAAAGCGUUCCAUGAUUGGGCCUCAGCCCCGGACCAGAUGGGGCUGAGAAUAGAGAUCGAAAAGAACAGGAUUAUGCGCCACUUGAAGUACCAGAUCACGUAUGCUAGAUUCAUUGAUGUACUGCAGAAGUUUCCGGAGUUGAUUGAAGGGCAUGGGAAGGCGCUGAGAGAAAUCCAAGAGAUGGCGUUCAAGGACUUCAAGAAGACACCAUCGGAGGACGACGGGGACGACUGGGGCCUCAUACAUGGUGAUUUCUGGUCAGCAAACGUGCUACUGCCACCGUCUCCGCGGAUGGAAACGAAGGGCUCGACGAGCCUCUUGGUCAUCGACUGGGAAUACGCUCAAUAUGGACGCCGAGAAUACGACAUUGGCAAUAUGAUUGGUGACCUUAUUGAGCGCUGGCAUUUCGGACGGCUUCAUAGCUUCGUUUGGGCUAUUCAAGGGUUCGUCAAAGGAUACGGCGGCAUUGGCGACGAGAUGGCCUUCCGUACCGCAAUCUACGCGGGCGUUCAUUUAAUAAACUGGUACAAUCGUGGUCCUUCAAAGCCCAAUAAUGACGAAACAUUAAGCGCAUUGCGUCUUGGUAGGGAUCUAGUCGUAAAGGGAUGGGAGAAGGAUCGAACUUGGUUGUUGAGCAGCGUACUAGAACACUUAUUUCAGACCACCUGA